AUGGCGUCUCUCGCAACCACCCUUGGCCUCCGCGCUCCUUCUUUACCCAAUGUCACGGUUCCCAGUUAUGCUCCUGCCUUUUUGAGCUUCCACUUCGUCUUUGCGUACUGCGUUCUUGCCCCUCGUCACUUCAAACAAAUAUUCGGCAUCGACCACAAUGUUUCACCGAGGGAGGAUCUAGUCAAGUACGGCGAUGCAGUGGUGAAGUCGGGCAAAAUCACUCAGAAGCAGCUCGAAAUGAUGAAGCGUAAUGAGUCCGCGCACGCCAACGCCAUCGAGAACUAUAUCUUAUUCGUCGGGGCAGUAAGUUUUGCAACUUUCGCAGGAGUUGAGAGGGAGCUGGUGAACCGUGCAGGACUUGUAUACACGAUUGCGAGAGUUUCAUAUGGAUUCAUCUUUAUUUUCGUUGAUCAGACAUUUUGGAGUUUGUUCAGAAGUGCUGCAUGGUGGGUGGGGAAUAUAAGCUGUCUUUGGUUGCUUCGUAGAGCCGGGAAAAAGCUGAACAUGGCUUGA